AUGGACGGAGUCUACACAAUAGAUCCUGAUGGCCUAGGAUCGUUCCAAGUCAGAUGUGAUAUGAGCACAGACAGGGGAGGCUGGACGGUAUUCCAAAGAAGACAAGAUGGAAGUCAAAAUUUCUACCUUGGAUGGUCAGACUAUAAAGCAGGCUUUGGUGAUCGUAACGGCGAGUUCUGGUUGGGCCUUGAUAAAAUACAUCGUUUGUCCAAAUCUGGUCAAAAUGUUCUAAGAGUUGAUUUGAUGGAUUUCAAUGGCGCUGAACGUUACGCUAAAUAUGGAACGUUUAGUGUGGCUGAUGAAUCAGACAAAUACAGAUUGAAUAUUGGCAGUUAUUCAGGUACUGCAGGUGAUUCCCUUAAUUAUCACAAUCAAAUGCAGUUCUCUACCAAGGAUAGUGACAAUGAUGCUACUGGUAGUAAUUGUGCUACGAGCAAGAAAGGAGCUUGGUGGUACAAGAGCUGUUAUGAUUCCAACCUGAAUGGCCUUUACCUGGAUGCAGCUCAGAAUGAUGGCAGGGGAAUAAACUGGCAGCAGUGGCACUCUUACUCUAUGAAAAAGAUAAAGAUGAAAAUUCGUCCAAACCAGUUCUAA